GGGUGGGACGUCCAAUCUAAACCCAGCCCAGUGAUCACAUUAUCUGGGCUCUGAUUAGGUUAGGACGUUGCCCAGGUAUAAAGCCAGGAUCUCUGGGCCCUGGCUUCAUUUGGAGUUCAGCCACCAAGAGGAAGCCUUCCUCUGAGUCCUGGCGUAUUUGGCCUGGAAUUAGGAAUUUGCGAGUUGCUGCUCCAGGGCGCUCCCUGCGGAGAUCGGCGGCCCGCCUCCCCGCCGAUCUUUUCCCGGCGUCCCCACGCGGGGCGCAACCGCUAGAGAAGAACGUCGGUCUCGCCGCCCGCGCCCAGGGCAGCGCCAGUUCCCCGGCCCAGGCCGCUCCAGGAGCCAUGAGCUGCGGUCGCCCCCCUCCCGACGUGGACGGCAUGAUCACCCUGAAGGUGGACAACCUGACCUACCGCACCUCUCCCGACAGCCUGAGGCGCGUGUUCGAGAAAUACGGCCGCGUGGGCGACGUGUACAUCCCGCGGGAGCCGCACACCAAGGCGCCCCGGGGCUUCGCCUUCGUCCGCUUCCACGACCAGCGAGAUGCGGAAGACGCCGAGGCCGCCAUGGACGGGGCGGAGCUGGACGGACGCGAGCUGCGGGUGCAGGUGGCGCGCUAUGGCCGCCGGGACCUGCCUCGCAGCCGCCAUGGAGCGCCACGCAGCAGGGCCGGGGGCGGCGGCUACGGACGGCGGAGCCGCAGCCCCAGGCGGCGACACCGCAGCCGAUCCCGGGGUGCGAGCUGCUCCAGGUCCCGCAGCCGAUCUCGCCAUAAGGGGUCUCGCUAUAGCCGGUCUCCUUACAGCCGGUCUCCUCACAGCCGCUCGCGUUACAGCCGCUCUCCCUACAGACGAUCUCGCUAUAGCCGAUCUCCUCACAGCCGGUCUCGCCACAGCCGAUCUCGCUACAGGGAAUCUCGCUACAGCGGGUCUCGCUACAGCUCGUCUGGUUACAGCCGCUCUCGCCACAGCCGCUCUCGCUACGGCCGAUACCACAGCAGCCGGUCUCACUCGAAGUCUGGGUCCUCCACUGGCUCUCGCUCUGCAUCCACCUCCAAAUCGCGCUCUGCGCGGCGAUCCAAGUCGUCCUCGGCCUCCAGGUCUCGCUCACGGUCCCGGUCUUCAUCUGUGACUGGGAGCCCUCCCCGGGUAUCCAAGAGGAAAUCCAAGUCCAGGUCUCGAUCCAAGAGGGCCCCCAAGUCUCCUGAAGAGGAAGGACAGGUGUCCUCUUAAGAAAAUGAUGCAACAGCAAGCCACGUAAUGGAGGACUUGGGGAAAGGAUCACAUACUCAGUCCCUGAAAGCAGAGUCCCUGGAAGAAGGGACUGCCUAUUGAAAAGGCCCGGCUGCCUAGCCGUUGAGUGAUGCUGGUUAGUUAUUAAGGUGGCCUGUUGCAGUGCAGAGUGCUGAGCUGCUUCCUGUUUUCUUCUGAUUGCUUCUGGGGAAACACGCCUUGUCCUGAAGAACAAAUGGCUGUCCAGUUUAUUAAAAUGCCUGUCAACUGCAUUUCCAGUGACUCAGGCCUUGCAGAUAAAUAAUGGAGCAUGCAGUGAGCACAUCUAGCUGAUGAUAAUCAUACCCUUUUUCCCCGUCUUUUCUGAAAAAUUGUAAAUCUGAUCAUAACAACAUGUGUGAACUUAAAAUGUGGAGAAUCUUAUGGAAGAAAUGGUUUAUAAGUUUGUUAAGUACUUAUAACAUGGUAUAUCUUUUUGAUUUUUUUUUUUUACGCUAACCAUUGUUUCUGCAGUUUAAAUUGUUUUCUUGGUGUUACCUUUUCUCAAAAUAAAAUUAGAAAUUUUUGGUGGAAAGUAAGUUGUUUUAUUUUCUGUAUAACUUGGAUAUUUGUACUUUUGAGAAAAUUGUUAGCACCGAGUGUUUCUCAAGAAUUAAUUAUAAUUUUAAAAAAA